ACACCUCUAGUACAAAGUGGCUUGGUUGGAAGUUCGGUGUAGAAUUUGUUCUCAUGUGGAUAUAACUAUGGGGGGGAUCAAUGGCACAUCAAAUGAAUCUUCUACGUCUGUGCGAGCUUCAUAAACGAAAAUGAACCCAACGAGGGAACGUACUUAUAAAUAAAGAAUCAAUGCUUCAGUUUCGCAUACCACAACCAGGGUUCGAGAAGUAGGGAGUAGAACUUGUUCAGUUUUUUCAUCUCUACUCUAUUCACUUGACGUGAAUAUGAGUUCCAAAAUCAAAUCUGUGCUUUUUAUUAUUGGUUUGUUGUUUAUUUUUCCCAAUUUGAUAUCUCGAAAUCAAGCUCGAGAGGUUUCCAACCACUCGAUCGCAGCCUUUUAUGUGUUUGGAGACUCUUAUGUGGACCCUGGAAACAACAACUACAUUGGUUCUAUUGCCAGGAGCAACUUUGCACCUUAUGGAAUUGAUUUUGUGAACCAGAAAGCCACUGGCAGGUUCAGUGAUGGGAAGGUCAUUGCUGAUUUUCUUGCUUCCUACUUGGGUUUUGAGAAUUAUGUGCCAUAUUUGGACCCAGAUUUUACCAUCCAAGCCAAGCCAGCAGUUGGUUUUGCCUCCGCUGGCACUGGAUUUGACAAACGGACUGCAGCAGCACUUAAUGUAAUACCAAUGUCAACGCAAUUGGAAUACUUCAAAGAAUACAAAGCAAAACUUGCAAGCACCAUUGGACAAGAGGAAGCGGAUAAUCAGACCACGAAUGCCGUUUUCAUUGUGAAUUGCGCAGUGAACGAUUUCGCCAUCACUUACUAUGGACCUGGAAAUGUCGUAGGCCUUCCGGAUGGGACAACUAUUGAGCAAUAUGAAGAGUUUGUGUUACAACAAUUGCAAGAAUUCGUACAGGGUUUAGUUGACCUUGGGGCUCGAAGAAUUGCAGUCUCUGGUGUACCGUUGUUUGGAUGCUGGCCGAAUGUCAUUACACUCUACUCAUCAGACCCCGCGACUGCACUAGUAACACGUACUUGUAAUGAAACUCUAAAUUCUGUUGGAAGUGAUUAUAAUGCAAAGGUUCAAGAGGCUUUGAAGACCAUGCAAAGCAGCUUAGCUAAUCAGGGCCUCAAACUCGCCUACUUCGAUACAUAUACGCCAAUGCUUAACAUUUUGCAAAAUCCGGCCAACUAUGGUUUUGAUGUGAUCAACAAGGGGUGUUGUGGGACUGGUCUGCUGGAGCAGUCAGUUCUGUGCAACCCACUUUCAGCAGUUUGUUCUGAUAGGUCAAAGUACGAAUUCUUUGACUCGGUGCAUCUAACUGAAGCUGCAAGUUCAGUUAUAGCUGGUGCCAAUAUUGAUGCCAUCAAUUCUAUAACUAAUUAAAGCAGCAGCAAGUUCAGUUUCCGCUGCCAUCAAUAAAGGACCAGCAACUUGGUGGUGUCCAAAAUCAACUUGGGCUAGUUCAGUUGUCCAGAACUCUUGCAUCUCACCAGGAGGUCGGGAGUUUGAAUUUCUCUACCUGCGUGUGAGUAUUUUUUCCUUAGAGAGCUUUUUCCUAUAAUGGGCUUAUUUUUUAUAUUAUUGAGUUGUUAUGCUUUGUUGUCUCGUAGACUCACACAGUUGUUGUAGCGUCUCGAAUUUGUACUAUUAAUUCAUAUAUGAUGUAAAAUUAUCUUCUAUCGAUUGACAAAACAAAAAAAUUGAUGGUGUCCAAGGACUUUGUGUGUCGUAAGGCUUAUUUGGCCAAUUUGUAUACCAGAAUCUGUACCUUUCAUGUGCUUUUU